UCUCUACAAUUACACCUCUUUCGCUCUCCAUUAAAUGCAAUACCAUCCUCUCUAUACGCUCUGCAAUAACUCCUCUUCUCUUCUCACUCUCCUUCCUCCAUCUCUUCCCUUCGCCCUUUCUUCUUCUUCUGCAAAUCAUCAUCUUCGUCUUCUUCUUCUUCUUCUUCUUCUUCUUCUUCCUCCACAAACCCCUGUUUCUGUCACCUAAAAAUCCCAUCUUUUUCCUCUUUUUCACACUCCCACAACUUUGGACAUGUUCAUUUUCCAAACGCAACAAAACCCAGAUCAGAUCUGAAGCCUUUUCACUUGGAUAGGAGAGAGAAAGAGAGAGCAUUUUGGGAUAUUGUCCGAGAUCUUCGUGGUUGUUUAUGAAAAUCUCACCAGGUUUUCCUGUCGGAUUCUGGGUUCUGUCCUAAUUUAUAGCCUAUUUUUUAGAGAGAGAAAGAGAAGUUUAAGAUUACAAGGAGCUGCUAGUGUUCAAUAUGCCCGCCGGAAUUAUGACACAGGCGAGAAACAUGCCAUCGAUGAUUGGAAGAAAUGGGAAUAAUGUUGGUGGAUUUGUCUCUACUUCUGGCCUUGUUCUUUCUCAGUCAAGCAUGAUGGACGGUCAGCUCCUCCCCUUAGACAUGCCUCAAAACACUUCUAAAAGCGAUCUUGCUCGAAUCCGAGACGAUGAUUUCGAUAGUGCCACGAAAUCAGAUAGCGAUAAUAACCAUGAACUCGUCUCUGGUGAUGACCAAGAUCCUCGUCCUAAAAAGAAGCGGUACCAUCGGCAUACUCAACAUCAAAUUCAAGAAAUGGAAGCAUUUUUCAAGGAGUGUCCUCACCCUGAUGACAAACAAAGGAAGGAAUUAAGCAGGGAAUUGAACUUGGAGCCUCUACAAGUUAAGUUUUGGUUCCAAAACAAACGCACUCAAAUGAAGAAUCAACACGAGCGGCAUGAGAACACCCAACUCCGAACAGAAAAUGAGAAGCUUCGAGCCGAUAACAUGAGAUAUAGAGAAGCCCUUAGCAAUGCCUCAUGUCCCAAUUGCGGCGGCCCUACUGCCAUUGGUGAAAUGUCUUUUGACGAACAUCAUCUUAGACUCGAAAACGCCCGUCUUCGCGAAGAGAUCGAUCGCAUUUCAGCCAUUGCAGCGAAGUAUGUAGGCAAGCCAGUAGUGAACUACCCUCUACUUUCUCCACCGGUUCCAUCUCGACCACUAGAGCUGGGAAUGGGCAACUUCGGACCACAACCUGGCCUUGGAGGAGACAUCCAUGCCUCCACUGGUGACCUGAUCCGAUCAAUCAGCAGCCCGAUCGAGGCCGAAAAGCCCAUGAUCAUCGAGCUUGCAGUUGCAGCCAUGGAAGAGCUUACUAGAAUGGCUCAGAUGGGUGAGCCAUUGUGGAUGACUAACCUGGAUGGUUCGUCCCAUGUGCUCAAUGAAGAUGAGUACUUGAGAACGUUUCCUAGAGGCAUUGGGCCUAAGCCUGCAGGGUUUAAAUGUGAAGCCUCUCGUGAAUCUGCCGUUGUCAUCAUGAACCACAUUAACCUCGUGGAGAUUCUCAUGGACGUGAAUCAAUGGUCGACUCUAUUUUCUGGAAUUGUGUCUAGAGCUAUGACGCUUGAAGUAUUAUCCACCGGAGUUGCUGGAAAUUACAACGGAGCUCUACAAGUGAUGACGUCCGAGUUUCAAGUUCCAUCGCCACUAGUCCCAACUCGGGAGAGCUACUAUGUUCGAUAUUGUAAGCAGCACGGGGACGGGAAAUGGGCAGUGGUGGACAUUUCAUUGGACGAUCUGUGCCCUACGCCCGGAGUUAGAUGCCGAAGAAGACCUUCCGGUUGUUUGAUCCAAGAAAUGCCAAAUGGUUAUUCAAAGGUUACAUGGGUUGAGCACGUUGAGGUGGACGAUAGAGGGGUUCAUAAUCUUUACAGGCAGCUGGUGAGCUCCGGCCAAGCUUUUGGGGCCAAACGGUGGGUUACAACCUUAGAUCGCCAAUGUGAACGGCUUGCCAGCGCCAUGGCCACCAAUAUUUCCACCGGUGAUGUUGGAGUUAUAACGAAUCAAGAAGGAAGAAAAAGCAUGUUGAAGCUAGCUGAGAGAAUGGUGAUAAGCUUCUGCGCUGGAGUGAGCGCCUCCACAACCCACACAUGGACUACUCUGUCCGGUACGGGUGCUGACGACGUUCGAGUCAUGACCCGAAAGAGCAUCGAUGACCCCGGGAGACCUCCGGGUAUUGUCUUAAGUGCUGCAACUUCCUUCUGGCUUCCUGUUCCACCCAAAACAAUCUUCGAUUUCCUCCGAGAUGAAAAUUCUCGUAACGAGUGGGACAUUCUUUCCAAUGGCGGAGUAGUUCAAGAAAUGGCGCAUAUCGCCAACGGCCACGACACUGGCAAUUGUGUUUCUCUCUUACGUGUAAACAGCACGAAUUCGAGCCAAAGCAACAUGUUGAUCCUGCAAGAAAGCUGCACGGACCCAACAGUGUCAUUUGUCAUCUACGCACCGGUUGACAUAGUAGCGAUGAACGUCGUCCUCAACGGUGGAGAUCCCGACUACGUAGCACUUCUCCCCUCAGGGUUCGCCAUUCUCCCAGAUGGCGGCGGCGGAGAGGGGGUUUCGGGUGGGUCGUUGCUGACAGUUGCAUUUCAGAUACUGGUGGAUUCGGUGCCAACGGCCAAACUGUCGCUUGGGUCGGUUGCAACAGUUAACAAUCUGAUUGCGUGUACGGUGGAGAGAAUUAAAGCGUCAUUAUCAUGUGAUGCUGCGUGACCAAAACCGGAAACUUUUGUGGUUGUUAGUUAUAUUAGAAGAGAGUAUGGAAUGAGGGAAUUGAUUAAGUGUUUGGGAGAAGUCAAGAGCGCACCCUGCUCCAAAGAAGACAAAACAAAACAUGUUUUAGGGGUUCGGGCAUUGACUUCCUCGGACAGUGUAAAAGCUGAAACCACAAACAAAAAAAAAAAAAGAAAAAAAACAACCUUGGAAAGGGACUGUCUUUAGUAAAAACCUUGUAUUUUAUUUGCA